CGCCCCCGCGCCUCCCGGGUUCUCCUUCCCCGCGCUGCUCCCAGGCCGGGGGAGGCGCGGGACGCCCCGCAGCCCUCUCUGCCCGGGAGAGGGAGUCUCCCCGCUCAGGCCCUCCUGCCCGCAAGCCGGAGUCACUGUUGCUGGUGCGGGGGUGACACGGGGUGCGGUUUCCUAAUCUUCACCCGGAGCCCCCCCUUUGCAACCGUGUUGGUUUCCGGACCCCCAUUCCUGCUUCCCUCCUCUCUCGAAAGGGGUCGGGCAUCCGGAGAAGAUAUAGGGGCGCCGCGGCCUGGCCCCCACCCCCGCCUGCAGCCCCACUUGUGGGCCCCGCCGGCAGCCGCGCAGGGACAGCUGCAUUUCUCGCCGCCCGCCGCUAGGAAGCUGGCCUCGCCUCGCAUUCUCCGCCUCCCCGCGCCCCAGCCGCGCCGCCGAGCCGGGCCCGCCGCCGCCGCCGCGGGGUCGCCGCCCAUCCCCCAGCCCGGCCCGGCCGCCCGCGAGGAACCGACGCGCGUGGCGGCUGCUCGGGUGGGAUCCGCGGUGGAGGCGGCCCCAGGAUGCCCCGGGGGUGUGGAUGACCAGCCGUCCAGCCCCCACCACGGCCCAGGCCCGGAUGCCGCGCCCCGCGAGGACCGCUCCCCGAGGGCCGCCUGUGGACCCGCGCCCGUAGUCCCCUGACCCGGACACCCUGCCCGGCCGCCCAGGGGCCGGAGCAGGUGCACGAGCGAGCUUCCCGGGCCAGCGGAGCGAGGGGCGGACAGUGGAGGGACCCGAGGGAGGGGACUUCGGUGCCAGCUGGAAACAUUUUCCCCAAGCGGCUCCGCAAGAUGACCAGCCUGUUCCGCCGGAGCAGCAGCGGCAGCGGCGGGGGCGGCGGCGGCGGGGCGCGGGGCGGCGGGGGCAGCGCGGCGGCCGCGGCGGCGCAGGAGCUCAACAACAGCCGGCCCGCCCGCCAGGUGCGCCGCCUGGAGUUCAACCAGGCCAUGGACGACUUCAAGACCAUGUUCCCCAGCAUGGAUUACGACAUCAUCGAGUGCGUGCUGCGCGCCAACAGCGGCGCUGUGGACGCCACCAUCGACCAGCUGCUGCAGAUGAACCUGGAGGGCGGCGGCGGCAGCGUCUACGAAGACAGCUCCGACUCCGAGGACAGCAUUCCCCCGGAGGUAGGGGCGCCGCAGAUCUUGGAAAGGACUUUGGAACCUGAUAGCUCCGACGAAGAGCCCCCUCCAGUGUAUUCCCCGCCAGCCUACCACAUGCACAUGUUUGACAGGCCUCACCCUCUGGCUCCCCCUACUCCACCUCCCAGGAUAGACAUGCCGGGCUCCGGCCCUGCUGUGAGCCAGAGGUGCUAUCGGAACUGGAACCCACCACUGCUGGGGAACCUCCCAGAUGACUUUCUCCGCAUCCUGCCCCAGCAGCUGGACAGCGUACAGGGGAACCCCGGGGGCUCCAAGCCCGUGAGUGUGAGCAGAGAGGGAGGCCCACCCUGCGCCGUGGGGGCCGGGACCCGCGACCAGGAGAGCCGCUGGAAACAGUACCUGGAGGACGAGAGGAUCGCUCUCUUCCUGCAGAAUGAGGAGUUCAUGAAGGAGCUGCAGCGUAACCGCGACUUCCUCCUUGCCCUGGAGAGAGAUGUCUGUCAGGAAAACAGUUUCUCUGUGAACUCGGGUUUUUUGAGCACUGAUCGACUGAAAUACGAAUCCCAGAAAUCCAAAUCCAGCAGUGUGGCUGUCGGAAACGACUAUGGCUUUCCCUCCCCCGUCCCAGCAGUCCCAAGUUCUUGCCAGUCCAGCAGCUGCAGGGUGGCUGAACUCCCCAGAGGUGCCUGCAGCAUGGGACCCAGUGAAGCCAAUCCCGCUGUGUCUGAAGAUGCCUUAUUCAGGGACAAGUUGAAACACAUGGGAAAAUCCACCCGGAGGAAGCUGUUUGAACUUGCCCGGGCCUUCUCGGAGAAGACCAAGAUGAGGAAGUCAAAGAGGAAACACUUGUUGAAGCAUCAGGCGCUGGGGGCUGCAGCGUCAACAGCCAAUCUCCUGGAUGACGUGGAGGGCCACGCCUGUGAUGAAGGCUUCCAGGGAAGGCGGCAAGAAGUGCCCAAAGUGGAGGAAACCCUAAGAGAAGGACAGUAAGAGAUGCCAGAAGCUCAUCCUCACUGGAGAUGAUCUGACCCAGUGGGGCAGCUGGAGAGCAAACCUGGCCCCCAGCUGAAGGGCCCACCUGCAGCUGGACAGACAGUGCUUGAGUAUGGAGGCCCAGGGAUUCUCCAGCCACAGUCCAGCCCAGCCACUGCCACCUCCACUUUCCACUGGGGCUUAGAACUUUGAGUUCCCAGGCUGUGAUUGGAGGAAGGUCCUGGGCCCCCCAGAAGCGGCAGCCAAUCACAGCCUCCUUUGUAGCCAGGCUAUUCUAUGGGUAAUAAGUGGAAAUGGAGGAACAACUUCCCCUUCAAAAAAAAAAAAAAAAAAAAAAAAAAAAUCCAGAAAACAGGCAAAUGUUGGAGUGUGAGAAAGGGCAGAGUGACCCUAUAAGAGGCUCUUGGGCCUGAAGAUGGAGCUCCUGCCUCCGUCUCCUCCCUCCCCAUCUCCCCUGCAGUGCCAUGGACACUGCCUGCUUCCCUCUCGGUCCCAGCCUCCCCCUGGGUGCUUUGUGCCCCUUCUUACCGUGGCCUCCUGCAUCCCAGCCCUGCCUGCAGGGCUGCAGGGCAUCUGCAUGGCCCCUGUGUGGAGCUCCUGGUGGAGAGCCCUGGGCAUGCUCAGGCGCUGGCUGAGGAGUGACGGGCCGCCGCAGAGACGCAGCUCUUGAGUGCUCUGCCCGGGCUGGGCCCAACGGCGGCCUCUGUUUGGGGCUGGCUUGGGCCUCCAGCAGCCUCCCCUUCCCCAGCGGGGAUAGGAAGGGUUUCUAUACCCCGCUAGGGCACUCCAGGCAGGUAUAGUCUUUAGUCUGGAAGAAGACAGAAGCCACUUCUGGAAGGGACCCUGGAGUCUCAUAACAGUGGGGGCUCCCAGGGACCCCGACUUCCCAGCGGGCCUGGAAGUCCUACCAUCCUCUCAGGGCAGGCAGCGCUGGUUCUGCAGUGACCCCCUUGAGGUGAAGGUGUGGGACUGCAGAGAAGGUGAAGCAGCUUGCCAGCAUGGGGGUGGGGGUGGGAGUUGGCCAGGGCAGAAGGGCUUGGGAGUGUCCCUUGCAAAAAGGGAGAACGUUGUCUGAGGAGGGAAACUCAGGGUCUGUGAACGUUUACACAGCACCCACCACUGCCAGCGGGGGUCUGCCCGCCUCCCUGGACUCUCCCUGUCACCCUAAGAUGGAAGGGCGUUGACUUCUCCUGAGACCCGAAAACUCUGCAACCGGCACGAGCCUCCGGGGGUGGCGGGGCGUGGAACCAGCCUGCUCUCCCGCGCGACGUUGGGAGCGGGCGCUAAUCCUUGGCCGAGCCUCGUUGCCCGCAAGUCACCCCGAGAUAACGCCCGGGGCCAGCGCCGGAGGCGAUACCGAAGCGGCACUGAGUUCCGCCCGCUCCGGCCCGGGCUCCCUGACCGGACCCCCUGAAGGCCGGGUCCCGCGGCGGGGGAGCGCAGCCGCCCAGCCUUCCCAAGUUUGGAAGUGCGCGCGGGGUGGGGGCGCUGCUGCGCGGCCGGGCCCUGGGCGGAGGGGUCGCUAGCCCUUCGCUGCUCCUUGCAGCCGCGCCUGUGGCUCCUGCAGGGCGGGAGAAAGCACCCCUCACCAAGGAGCCCCCCGGGACCUUCAGCUCGCCCUCCAGGUCGGUCCUGGCCCCGAGGGCCAGAGGAGGGGGCUCUGGGCUGUGGUCCUGCCCCCUCCCCGCGUCAGGAUGGGGCUCCUGGCAGGGAAAACCCCAGCCCCAAGUCUGUGUGUGUUGCUAUGUUAGUUUUUUCUCCUAUGUGUGGGUUUUUUCUUGGAGCUGUUUCAUAGGAAUUCCUACAAUAAAGACUUCGUGUUCUCUUGGU